AUGGAGAAACGGAAACCUUCAACAGCAACUAGCAUCAUCGCUGGAUCUAUUGCAGGAGCUUCAGAGACUCUUGUGACUUACCCUUUCGAAUACAUCAAGACCCGCCGACAGUUUCCGUCAACAAAGAAUCUCUCGUCAUACGCCAUUGUCCGCUCAACGAUCUCAACCUCAGGCCUCUGUGGUCUCUACUCUGGCUGCGCAGUACUGGCAGCAAGCAAUGCAGCAAAAUCUGGAAUUCGAUUCUUCGCUUUCGAAUCAGCGCGGUCGAACCUGAGUUCUUUCUUUCCUUCUCUCGCAGCGCAUGGCAUGCUCAAUGUCACCGCUGGAUUGUGCGCUGGCAUUGCAGAGAGUGUACUCGUCGUGACACCAGGCGAAGCUGUCAAGACACGGAUUGUCAACGCCGCUGCAAGCACUGCCACUAAAACUCAAGUGUCGACAACUCAAGUCAUCCGCGAAAUGCUCCGUCAAAAUGGCCUCGUUUCGUUUUGGCGAGGUUUAGGGCCAGUCCUCUGCAAACAAGGAACCAACAGCGCCGUUCGCUUCUCAACUUUUGGGGCAUUCAAAGACCUUCUCAACCGAUCAGAUACCGUUCGGACCUACGCAGGCCAAUCUGUCGUUACCUUUACUGCUGGAGCUGGAAGUGGAGUUGUUACUGUGUAUGCUAGCAUGCCUUUCGAUAAUAUCAAGACCAGGCUUCAAAUGCAAAGCGCUGGCAACGAAGGACUAUUCUCGUGUGCUAGGAGAAUGCUACUUCAGGAGGGCAUCGCGGUCUUUUGGAAGGCUACAACUCCGAGGCUUGCAAGACUGACGCUGAGUAGUUCGAUAACGUUCACUGUGUACGAUUACGUGAUUCGGGCGACGAGGAGUAUGGCGUAG